AUGUCUCUUCCACCCGCUACAAAGGAUAUUAGCAACCACCCAGUCAAAGGCUCGGUCGUUGAGCCUGUCAACAAAGCGGAGAAAGACGCUGAUGUUGAGAGAAAGCUUCGUCUUUAUGGAGUCAUUGACGCGUUUCGUAAGGGCAAGCUCCCUGCCAACGCUCAGAUUGACAGCACUCUCCGAUAUGUUUUGGACCACUCUCCUGUCAGCAUUGACGAGCUCUCCUCUGAGGGAAAGAGGCUCAUCCAAGACACCCGCGAUAUCAUUAACACUGCUCGUUUAAUGGUCCAAGAAAAGAACGCAGAUGAGCUCUUCCAGAACUUUGUUUGGCAUACGCGAGACGUCCAGGUUGACAAUCUCAAACCUGGCGAUUUGAGCGAGAAGAUUCCGGUUGACGGUGAAAAAGCGAAAGCGGAUGGUGAUGAAGCAGUCAAACAUCUACGAACUCUACUCACUCUUGUCCUCACCAAUUCCGAAGUCCGCAAACUUCUCUCUGAUUUCUCGCUCAUCGGACGUGACCUACUGGCAAAAGGUGCUAGCAAGGCUGCUGAGAUGGUUGCACCGCCAGCGGGUCAGCUUCGCAAUGUCGACCAAUCAGCUCCGAACGACCAGUUCAUCACGGAGAGCGGUCGUGUUGCAGGUCCGAACGAGACUCCCGUUCUCGAAACCAAGGUUCCAGGAACCGACAAGACCGUCCAGCAACACCCUGCUCAUCCUGGACCUAUUCUCAGGCAUGAGGAUGGCACAGAGCAACCAGCGAGUGAGCUUCGAGACCAAGCGCAUAGUCAAACCGCGACGAUGAAGAGCCAAGUCGCCGCUGUGAAGGGAAAGGCAUGGGAGGAUGCCCAGACACAUGCUCAAGAGGUCGCCGACGCGGAGAAUCCUGAGGCAGAGACGGAGGCGAAGAAACGUGGCGUUAUGGAUAAGAUGAGGCAGUUCCGAGACAAUGUCCGCGACGGAUUCAACGAGCGUGUUCCUCAAGAGCAGCAGGAUACCGCACGGGAGAAGGUUGACCGAACCAAGCAAUUCUUCACCGAGGAAUACUUCCCCGAAGAGCGCCGCGACCAGUUCAUCUUCCGCGGCAAGAAGGUCAUCAUGGAAUGCCAGAAACACGAUAAUUAUCAAGAGUCUGUCCGAUGGCUUCUUGGAUUCGUUGAGGAGUACGCCAAGCACGGUCGUACAGCUGCAGUCGCGGGCAAAGACCAUACUCAGGGUGUUACUAAUAACAAACAGCUCAAUAUUUGCAUCUCUGAGCUACGUACUCUCCUAGAGAGGUUCGCGAACAAUAAGUCGCUAGACACCGUCAUCGACGCCAUCAACGUGCUUAUCGACGAUUCUCGCCGUGACGAGUCGUUGAGAGAAUGGUUCAAGUCUGUCAACUUUUACAUUCGCAAGGUUUUGCUCGAGCCUGGCUACGUCCUCGAACCUGAUUGCAACAACUAUGCCAACCGCCUCCGCGAGACCGGCCAUCAAUUCUAUAGCGAGAAGUACCGCGAGGAGUUCGACAAUCUCUUCAACAGUAUUGGAGGCUGGUUCAAGGCAAUGGGUGACGAUCCUCUCAAUAAACAAUUCGGUGAAGACUGGGCUCGUCUCACGAAGGACUUGUUGUUCGACGGCGACGGCAGUCUCAAGUUCAAGCCGGAGUUGUGGAACGACAUCCGCAAGGUUAUUCUGCCAACCCUUAUUGACGAGGCCGGUUACAUUCCAAUCCCGAGAAUCGAGUACAGCGACGAGUCUCUGGAUCUCGUCGUUGAGAACCUCACUUUGCAAGGACGGAACUUAUUCCCCAACAUCAUUGCCCUUGAGGCGCACAACUUCCUCAAGUUCUCGCCCUAUAACGCCAUUACCGACGACUACCACCACCGCAUGACGCUCACUUUCGAACAAAUGCAAGCCGAUAUGCGCGAUGUGGCAUUCUACUACCACAAGAAGACUGGGCUUCCCAAGAUGAAGGAUUCUGGUCUCGCUGACGUCCUUCUCGGUGGAGAGGGGCUGAGUGCAACUGUACACCUCGUAUCCACCCGCCGUGACAAGUCUUCUGUCUUCAAGCAUGACUUCUUGUACAAGACCCUCCGACCACUCGCCACUGGUCUCAUCAAGAAGCAGAUCCAGAAGGCCAUCAAAGACGCGUUGAGGACGGGUCUCGAGUACGUCGACGGCCAGCUGGUGGCCGUCCGUGAUCGGAUGGACACUGCGAAGGUUACCGAGGGCCAGAGUCGUACUGAGGUGCUCAAAGAUCUUUUCAAGAAGAAGAAUGAAGAGGCCUCGCUGAAGUCUGCGGAAUCACGCUCGCAGUUCAAGAUCGUCUCGGACAAGCGGAAUUCGAUAUUGUCGACCGCUGGAAACCCGGCGGGAUGGGUGAAUCGGACUGCGGAGAUGGAGAAGAAGGCUUCUCAGGGAGGAGAGUGGAGGUCCGAGGCUUUCCACAUCGUUCCGUCGAGGAAUUGA